AUGGCACGCCGUUCUGCGCGCUUGGCCAGCAUGUCAAAGGCGCCUAAGCAGCAGCCUACUGAAGCCCCGAAUCUGUCAUCUGUCGCCGAACGAGACGAUAGCCCUGCCGAACACGCCGUGCAGAACAUGGAUGCCGUCGCUGCGUCCCGAAUGCCCGAACCCAGAACACCUGGCCACUCAUCGCCAAUGAAGCCGCCAAUGUCGGAAAUGCAUCCCAGCAAAGUUCACCCUACCAUGGGCCCGCCCUCGUCUGGCUUGCGCCUUGGCUUUACCGACAUUAAACCGAAGGCCAAGUGCGACGACAGCCUCCCCGCUGUGGCCCAGACCACGCCCUCCCGAGUUGCGCCGCCUUCCUCGCCGUUCACCUUCAGCUUCACCACGCGUCAGACUCCCUCAGAUCUGAAGCUAGGACCCGAGGCUCAGCGUAUGAUGGAAGAACUGCGCGAGGAUGCGGCUAGGAUCAAGGCAGAGCUACUUGCUAAACGAGAGGCCGAGCAAACGGAGGAAGCAAUGUCCAAUGGACGCAAGAUUGCCCCAGCGAAGGGAAAGGCCGGCAGAUUCAGUGCUGCUCACAUGGCCGAGUUCAAGAAAAUGGACUCGAUUGAGAACCACCCGUCAGCCUUUAGGGCGCAGCUAGGACGAAUGACGCCGCUCAAGGCAGGUGUCAAGCGAAGCCAAGCCAAAGCGGAGCUUGACGAGCCCGAGGUGGUCCGCAUCACACAGCCUACUCCUGCAUCCACCACCUCCAAGGCCAAAACGCUUGCCACUAUCAAUGAGCCCGUGUCCGCCAAGCGUGCACGGCAGAACCUGGACGACGAUGCUUCCAGCAAACGCCCGGUGUCCCGGGACGGAAGCUCCAUUCCAGCACCAAAGCUGCCCGGCUCGGCCAUUCCCCGGUCCAAGCCUAGUAUCGCUUCCCUGAUGACCCCGACAAAGUCGUCUCUGGCCAGAUCAGCCAGCGUGAAGACUCCCGCCACAGGCUCACUCGCCACGUCGCCUUCGAAAGCCACCAUCAGCGGAAUCCCGCGGUCCGCUACGACCAACAACCUCUCUGCCGUGAACACGGCUACCGAGAAGGAGCCGACGCAACACCGCGAGAUCAAGAGCCCCGUGAGCCGACUUGAUAGAGUCAAAGCGAUGCUCCGCGGUGCCAAGGCAAGCGCCACCAAAACCAAGAGCUCCCUCCCGCUGCCUUCGGCUUUUGCCUCCAAAACCCCUGCGCCUACUCGCUCGGAGAAGCAGCAUAGUGUGCUGCUUCCCCUGACUACACCCGGCCGCAAGCUUACCAAGCGCGUCGCCUUUACCCCGGAGACGCAGCGCGCCGCGCUCGCGCAGAACUCCCCGUCCCCGAUCAAAUCAAGCAUCCCUCAGGCCGCCAAACCCAGACAGGUCCUGGGAGAGGUGCACUACCCGUCUCUCGACGGCAUCAUGGCGGCCGAGCAGCAGACCGAAACAGCCGAAGGCGACGUCUCGUACCCAGACCUCUCAGCCUCAGUCAAGCGCCCCCUCCCAGCACCUCCCAAGACCUUCAAAACCGGCUCCGCCGAGCCCUCGGUCCCCAGCGAAUUCACCUUCCGCAGCGACCACACCAUCAGCUUCGGCAGCGCCUCCAAAUCCUUUGGCUCCUCCCCCGGACAGGCCAGUGUGCGUGCCGUCCGCCCCUCGAUCCUCCCCUCGGAACACAUGCCGGGCAGUUUCCCCCGGUCGACAUCCACCGCGCCACCCCCACUAGCAAUUGUCGAGACUUCCAACUCCAGCCCGAACAAGGAGAACGAAGCCCCUCGCAGUGGUAAUGGCAAUGGUAACAGUGUAUUGCUAGCCCUACCACACGGCAUGACCAAUAAAAAGCGCCACCGCCGUGUGAGCACUGAUGAAGAGGAGGCUGAGCGCGAGGCCGCCGAGAGAGCGGCCAAGAAGCGCAGGCAGGAGGUUGUGCCCGAGGGGGAUGCGCUGCUUGCUCCGAGAUUGGUUGCUGCGGCGGCUGGGAAUGGAGGUGGGAGUGGGAGUGUGAAUGGGAUGGGAAAGAGGUUGGGUAUGAGUCUGAGUGCCAGCCCUGUCAGGAAGACCAACAACAAGAUGGUGGGUGCGGGAGCGGGAGGCGGUACGCCGAGUCCGAUCAAGAGGGGCAAGGGUAUAAGUCUUAGUCGGCUGAACAUGCUUGCCAGGCCGAAGAUGCGGAAGUGA